AGUUUUCCAACUUUUGUUACAAGCGCAAUUUCAUGGUGCGCGAAGAAUUGCAUUGUCCAGGUGUAGGUAUAUGUGGGCGACCGCCUUCACGAUUCUGUUCUGCUUUGCCCUGGUGGUCCAGUACAGCACAGUGAGCAGAUUCCUUACCAACCCCACCUACAUCGUGCAGAAGAGUUCCGAGCUGCUGCAGAAACCCUUCCCCAACGUCCUCAUAUUCCCACAGGUCAACUUCGUCGAGGAGAAGAUGGAGAGGUUCCUGAGUGAAAUCAAAUAUCCAGAGCCCCUAAACGUCAGCUACGCGCGUCGCGUGCUGCGACAGCUAGCGGCGUUCCUGUCGCCCGACGUCGAAUACAACUCGAGAGAUCUCGAGAACAUGCAGCGGCUCCUCGACUAUAACGAGCUCGACGUGGAGACCGUCGGCAGGCGGCUCACUGCGUCCUGCGAUGAGAUAUUACUGAGGUGUCGUUGGCGUAGAACGAUCUAUAACUGCUCGCGCCUGUUCAGUAUGGAGAUCACUCGCACCGGCUUCUGCUGCGUCUUCAACGGCCGCUCGCUUAGAAGGGAGAUUAAAGAACAUGGUAUACACCGAGUGAAAUCAGACGGUUCGGCUCGACUAAAUGUGAGCGAAGUAGGCUUCGCCAACUCGUUGAUGAUCGUUGUGGAUCAAAAACAAGCUGCUUGGAGUGACAUCGACUUGGAUUAUAAAUGGGUAGCCCUGCAGUCAGGGCAGCACUACAUCGACGUUGGAGUCAACGGCACUCCCAUCAACCCGGGACAAGAACUGUGGUUGGCGUACCUGACGCGCACCGUGCAGGCGUCCGAUGAUGCGCUGAGUUUGAGCACAGAUCUCCGCAAGUGUCACCUAUCUGAUGAGCCUCUGGAGUACUUCCCUAUUUAUCAUGAGUCCUACUGCCUGCUGGAGUGCGAGAUGAGACGAACCAUGAAGCGUUGUCACUGUACUAAGGUUGCCUACCCUCCAGUACCAGGGGUGCCAACCUGCAGGGCUGAACAGUUACAGUGUGCAAGGGAAGUCACCGUAUCGUCCACACAGGGCGAGUGCAAUUGCCAUUCAACUUGCAAUACGGACAUAGAUUUCGCCAUUCCACGUAUCCUCGCUUACAGCCUGGGUAGUAGUAACUACACUAUCGACGGCCUAUAUACCGGGUUCGACUUUAACAACGUGAGCAUCAUUCGUAUAUACAUCUCCUCCAGCAACAAGCUCAUUAACCAGCGCUGCUCCUAUUUCACCAAUUAUGAUCUUUUUGCUCAAAUCGGUGGUACUUUGAAUCUUUUCUUCGGAUGCAGCCUUCUUACAUUGAUAGAGCUGGGCAUCAUGGCGCAUCGAUGGUUCAAAAAUCGAUCAAAAGAUAAAAAGAGAAAUAAAUGUAGCAAACAUAAGAAGAACUAA